CGCAACACAACACUCCCAUCUCCCAUCCCUUCCAUCUUCAAUCUCCAAACCCUCCAUCACCGCCAUGAAAAAGCUUUACCGGAAAGGCACAGUUCACCCAACGCCGCCGCUAAUCUCCGACCACCUCGCGUUUUUACCAGCCGCAAUCUUGACGCUCGCCGCCGCUCUCUGCCAAGAAGAUAAAGAAGUCUUAGCCUAUCUCAUCUCCUGCUCUUCUGUUAACUCCGGAGGGAGGAGAAAAGCCGCCGGCGCCGCCGCAUGCGGCGGCGCCGGCCACCCGCCCUGCUUCAACUGCAACUGCUUCAGCUGCUACAUGAGCUACUGGGUGAGGUGGGACUCCUCGCCGAACCGGCAGCUCAUCCACGAAAUCAUCGACGCUUAUGAAGACGGUCUGCAGGUUCAGAGCAAGAAAAUGGAGAAAAACAAGAGAGAGAAGAGAAGAAACAACAAGGCCAACAACAAUGGCAGCAAAGGCUGCGCCACCGCCGCCGGCGGCGAGGAGAAAACUAAGGCGGAGGCUAGUUUAACCGCCGCCGAGCACCGUCGCGACGACGACAGUAGCGGCGGAGAAGAGGAGGAGGGAGACGGCGGCGAGAAAGGCGCUGUGAGAAGGAUUGUUAGCUUUUUAGGAGAGAGAAUCUGGACAACGAUUUGGACCUGAAAAAUCUCUGGAGGUUCAUCAUCUUCGUCUUCGUCUCCUUUUUUUUUUCUGGGUUGUGUAAAAUACGGCCAUGUAAAAUAUGCCUGGUUUUGAAUCAUCAGCUGCAGCUCUCUGAUUUUUCUAAUCUUGUAUAAAGAAUGUGAAUUAAUCUGCAAUUUCCCAGAAAUAAAAAAGUUUAAUCUUUAUGUGA